CAACCGCAGAACAGACAUCCAACUAAUCACAGUCUUGACCGCACACCAUUCCCGCCCCCACCUAGCAUAACUCCAUUUGUUUCACUUGCCCUGCAGCGUGUGCUCCAACACUUGCAUAUAUACAUGUCUGUCCCAUUCGCCGUCCUCAAACGCACACUGCUCACAUCCGCGCCACGACUUAGACUGUCCACGUCGACGACGACGGUGCUCGCAUCCCGAUUUUCAUCGAGACCGAGCUUUCACGCAUUCCAGAACAUAAACUACGCCUCAAGAAGAGCAUUCGCCAUGGCCACUGAAGCUGCUAAGGACGGCGGUGUCCACAACCUCGCCUCAAAGUCGGACUGGGAGAACGUUCUCAAGGAGAAGGGCCUUCUCGUGCUCGACUGCUUCGCAACCUGGUGCGGCCCUUGCAAGAUGAUCGCCCCCAAGGUCGUCGAGUUCUCCAAGGAGUACACCAACGUGCGAUUCUACAAGAUCGAUGUUGACGAGGUCCCGGACGUCGCCCAGGAGCUCGGCAUCCGCGCCAUGCCCACGUUCCUGCUGUUCAAGGACGGCGAGAAGGUCGAGGAGGUCGUCGGCGCGAACCCGAACGCCAUCAAAGCCGCCAUCGAAAAGCACGCGUAAGCCGCUUCCUCGUGUUGGGCGGUGAAUUGCAAAGCACCAUCUGAUGGCGUACAGUCGUAGCGCACACCUAUAGGCGAUGGUAUUUUGAUCAUGAGCUUGAUAGAACUAUGAAACGGUACAAAUGAUGAGGCGGCCGAUGCCUCUAGAAGCACACAUGAGUAAAAAAAAAAUGCAUUGCUGUCGCCUCCAUGGGCGCACAUCCUUUUUCGAAA